AUGGAGCGAGAUCAAGUAAUAAGAGAGCAAAACUUCAUAUAUUACGAACAAGAUCACCUGGUAGCUGAAACAUUUUUCGAAACCUUUGAGACGGAAGGAAAUGAAAAAUCUGACGACGAUGAUUCUUGUACUGCCGUAGAUUCUCAAACUUGUUCGGAAGAAUUAAGUUCUGCUUUAGAUACUUUUAAAAGCUCAAUCCUGCAUUACACUUUCUCGAAACCUUCGAUACCGACGUUACUGGACUCCACAGAAGACAUCAACACAUCUCAUUGUCCUAUUUGCUUGCAAAUCUAUCAAGAGCAAUGUUAUUUGCAUUCUUGUUAUCACACUUUCUGCAUCUCUUGCAUUCGUCAAUGGCUUUCAAUUACACCAAACUGUCCACUGUGUAAAUGUAAGGUUGAAUUUUUAAUAACUAACGUGGAUGAUUCAAAAGGGACAUUUAAUAAGCUUUAUCUAGAUGAUACGAUGAAUAAUGACAUUAAGGGUAAAAUGAAAAGACAAAAAUGGAUUUUGGAGAUAUCUAAUAUAAGCGAAUGUGAUAAAGGAAUUUCAACAAAUAAUUUUAUGGAAACUAAGGCGAUUGGAAAUAGGUUGAUAGUUUAUUCGGAAAACCUUUUCCCAACCAAUGUUCCUAUAAAAAAUAAAAUUUUCACAUUUAACAAAUACGAUGUUGAACGGGUGAGACCUUUUAUCACACGCGAUUUGAAAGUUAUACUCUCCGACACUUAUGAUGUGGUGGUUGAUGAAUUUGUUUUAUCAGUUAUUUCAUCAUUUUACAAACAAAAUAAAACAAAAGAGGAAAUUAUGGAAAAGUUGAAACCUUGGGAGUGA